CAGGGCAGGGCUUUCAUCGAUAUCAGGUAGCGAUCCAGCGUAGCUCGACAAGGACGCCGGGUUUCCUUGCUGGCAAUACCUCUGCGGCUGAAAGUUGAUUGCGUCGAUCGGACCCUCACUUGGCAUUGUCGUUGUUGAGUCGUUGGGUAUAUCUGAACAGCCGCUAAUGCCAAAGCUGACGUGCACAGGCCUGGCAACCGGCACAGCAACACAGGCGCCUGCAGUUCGGCCAGUCUCGACGGCGGCAGCAUCUAUCGCAUCGACGACCGCCACUCCGGCAUCUUCUGCCGGUGGACUCGGCGGCGCCUAUGGUGCGUAUGUCGCCUAUCAGCAACAGCAAACAUCGCAGACGCAGACACCCGCCGGAGACUCGUCUCAGAGAAAUACUCGAGCGUCCACGACCCCGGCCCUAUCGACAGGCGGGGCGAUGUCGACAUUGGGGGUACCCGUAUUUUCGCGCCAGCAACAAAUGUUCCAGCAGACACCGGAAAGCCUCAGCCUGCAGGGACAGACCGGUGCCCAGGCUGCAGGAAGAGCCGUUACAUCGAUUCCGACGCAGAACCCAUCAAUUCAAGCACUUGCCCAGGCUGUCCUGACAAAGUCGACAAGAUCUGCGCUCACAACCCAGGUGCAGACACAGGCCCCAGCACUCGCCUCCGCUGUCGCCGCCGCCGCAUCUUUACCGCAGACGACAGAGUCGCGGAUUGCGGCGGCAACAGCUGCGAUGACCACGGGCACCAGUGCCUCAAUUUCAGCCACCACAGUCCCAAAGGCGACACCGGGCAUCGCCAAGCUGCAGAAGAACACGCCCAAAGUCCAGCGAUCAUCAUCAUUGAUUUCGGUCGCAUCUUCGGAUGACCUGACUAUGACCAAAAGGGAUGACAAGUCUGCCGAGUCGGCGCUGGGCACCUCGCCAUCAUCAGACUUGGCUUCCAGGCUGGGCUCACAGUCUGUGACCGUUGGCUCGACCACGUCGACCACACCUUUGUCCAAAACGCCACCGGAUGCUCAGUCGACUCAGGCCCGGACCCUGGCCGAGCUUCAGCGGAUCCAAAUCGAGCAACUCUCCAAUUCUCCACCACUCUCAAAGGAGGCGCUCUCGGACCUGGUCAAACAGCUGGGCUCGGACCACUGGCUUGAGCCCGAGGUUGAAGAGCUCUUCAUGGAUGUAUCCACUGCUUUCCUCACCGAGAUUACCGAGUUUGCAUGCCGGCUCGCCAAGCACCGCCAAUCGGACACAUUGCAGAUCCGAGACGCCGCCAUUCCUCUUGAACGCGACUAUAAUCUCAAGAUCCCUGGAUUUGGCGUCGAGACAAAGCCGACGCCCAAUCGACGGCACCCGUACCUCAAACAGUACGCUGCCCGUGUGCAGGCUGUCCGCGCUGCUCAGCGCGAAGGCGCCAAGCUCAAGGACAAGUAGCCUGUAUUCAGCGCUGGCGAGCCAAACAGAAGGGAGAAAGGCAUGGUCAAGCACCCAAAAUACAAGCGUCUUGCAGCG